AUGAGUGUAAGGAAUGUGGGGAAGCAUUUAGUAAGCUUUCAGACGUCUCUAGACAUGAAAGGAUUCACAGCAGAGAGAGGCCCUAUGAAUGUAAAGAAUGUGGGAAGGCAUUUAGUUCUUCCUCAACCUUUUAUAGACAUAAAAGAAUCCACAGUGGAGAGAGCCCCUCAUUUAGUCAGACCUCACACCUCUCUACACAUAAAAGAAUUCACAGUGGAGAGAGGCCCUAUGAAUGUAAGGAAUGUGGGAAAGCAUUUACUCAGCUAUCACAGCUUUCUACACAUAAAAGAAUUCACACAUUUGGUCAGCUCUCAAACCUCUUUAUGCAUAAAAGAAUUCACAGAGGAGAGGCCCUAUGAAUGUAAGGAAUGUGGGAAAGCAUUUCGUCAGCUGUCACAUAUCUCUACACAUUAA